AUGGCAUUUCGACUGCCCCAACAGGAAGAGAAAGUCGGUACUUAUAUGGAAGACCCAGAGUUCGAAUGGCUGAUUCAGAAUCGCCUUGUCGCGGGCCAAUCCGAAGCCCAAACGAACCGAGUUUGGAUCAUGAUUUUGACGGACAUAUUCAAGCGUGCCAAUGGCUACUCCACUGGCUCUGAGAUGACAUUCGGCGAUGGUCGGGCGGACUUGUUCACCGCCCAUGUGGUCGUCAGAACUAGGCACAAGGAGAUGAAAUUUCUUAUUGUCGAGUGCAAACCCCCUAAUCAGGAGGGACAAGACGAAGUCUGGGAAACGGCUGCAAAACAGCUCCACGGAUACCUCAUGGCUAUCGCAUCGCCAAAUCGGAAGUUUGGAGCUAUAUCUGUCCGAAAGUAUGUCCGGUUUUACGAAUUGGUGGAUGACGAGUAUUCGGUGGAUUGCAAGGGUGACGGGAAUGUCUAUAGGCUCGACCGCCAGUGCCAGUCGGUCACUGCCAAGCUUUUAUAUUUCCAGAGUCACCAUCUCCCCGCUCAGUUUUAG